CCUGCCUGGUUUUUUGCCUAAUGCUCCGUCGGACGGAUGGCGACUUGCUUGCGGGCUGUUCACACACACACCAUAUACAUACAUCAAUGUGUUGUCUCCGUGGGUGCUGGUGCCAUGCAUUCCUGUGGAUGCCACGCUUGUGCCGUGCCGUGCCUGCCUUUCUGCGUGCGUACAUAUGCACUCUGCUGAUAUAUGAAUUCGAUGGCCAUCUAUCUAUCUGUGUGGGCCAUGGCGGGCGGCCCCACGGCUGUCUGGGAAGGGGACAAGGGAGAGCUUACCGGGUCUGGGGAUUUGUGAAUGAUAGCCUCGCUCUCUCCUGUCUCCUGUUGCGAUGGGUAGCCAUGCAAACGGGCGGGCCAUGCAGAUGGGAGAUGGAUGGCGGGAAAGACUAGGCGGCCAGGCGCCAGGUGGGCAAGGCAAGGAGGGCAGGCAGGUUUUGAUCAACGAACGUAUCGGUGCGCAAGCAUCGCUGUCGCUGCCCCUCUCUCUGCCAACCUUCCUGUCUUUCUGCCUGCCUGCCUGCUUGGCUCACCUUGUCGACACAUUACACGGUGAAUGCAUUAAUUAGAUGCAUGUCGACUUGCUUGUGGACUCUCUACGUGUGUCAGUCAUGGGUGUCAAUGAUGUGCCCGUGCUUUGCUGGGCAUCUGGUGCACCACCCCCACCAGAUCACUAUCAUUCAUCUCAACGGUCAACGAGUCAUACAUACCACAAAGACAUGCCAUGCACACCACAAGCUGCAGAACGAAUGGCGCUCCGGGAACAUCGUCCGUCGUACACGUGGUCAAGAAGAGACACCGCAUCACAUCAAAGAGCUCACACGUGAGGAACAAGCAAGGCAGAACUACUGCGAUGCGAACGAACCGAGACCCCUCUCUGUCUGUCUCACUCGUGCUUGCCCCCGCCCUUAUAGAGGCCUGCAUUCUCCUGUACCCAUUGCCUGAAGGUGCGGUGCGGCUGGAGGACUUUGAGCAGCCCCUCAUCCGUCGUCAUGGUCGCAAAGUGGCCGUCCCGCCAUAUCUGCAUCAUGUCAGCAACGGCAGCAUCGGGGUUGCCGAAAUGCGCAUGCGCCCAUUCACGGGGGGUCAUAUCGCGAACAGAGAUCGGAGUGUCCAGCACCUCAGAAUAGACCUGUGUGCACCCACACACCACACAAUCAAUGCUCACGUACGUGUACAGGUCUGUCGUGUGUGUGUGUGGAUGAAGUGAUUGAUGUGUGCGCAGCGGACCGACCUUUGCAAUCAGCUGAAAGUCCAGCAGUUCGGGCCCGGUGAUCUCAUAUGUCGCGCCCACAUGCUGCUGCCUCUCCUCUUCAGGCAUGAUCAGCAGCCUCACGGCACACUCAGCGACGUCCCGAAUAUCGAUCCAGCCCGCCUUGCUAGCCCGUGUGCAGUCGUAGAUGCAGCGCUCCUUGGUGAUGGUGGAGAUGUCUAUCAGGUGGUUCUGCAUGUAGAAGCACGGGUGCAGGACGGUGAAGGGCACACCACUGGACCGAAGGAAGCCCUCGAUGUGCGUGUGCUCCCGGCCAUAAGCAACGGGUGCGUCGGUGCCGUAGAUGGGAUCUGCCGUGCCGGCCUUGACCUGAUCCAUCGACACAGACAGACAGACGAACGACAAAUGGCAUUCAUUGUCCAAAUCAUACAUAGCUCUUGUCUGUCUGCUGGUUGUACCAGGUACUUGACGCCCUCCUCUUUGGCACACUCGAUGAAGUUCUCCUCGUUGGCCGUCUGCUCCCCCUCCUUAGCCGUGUUGCCGCACACCAGAAAGGCCUCCGUGCAGCCCCGCAACGCAUCCCUCAGGGCCUUCCUGUCCUGCACACACGGAUGAACAGACAGGCCACCAGACAGUCAGUCAUCGGUUUUGUGCCUGCCUCCCAGUCAGUAAGGUGCACGAGCUGCAUCUCACUCACUCACCUUCAUGUCGGCCAGCACCACCUUGACUCCCGGUAGUUGAUCCAUCCAGUCGGCACGGUGGCCACGUCUGUUCCGCACCAAUGCCCUGAAUGAAUGAAUGAAUGCAUUCUUGGAUUGAGUUUCAGCCAUCUCCUUCGUCUGUGCUGUGUGAGCCCCAAACGUACUUACCGAAUCUCCCAGUCGGCAUUGGCGAGUUGUCGUUGUUUCACCAGCUCCUUGAGUACCUCGCCGCCUGUGCGGCCAGUGCAGCCUGUGAUAGCGAAGAUCCGCUUGGACGGUGUGAAUGACAUGGCGAGAGGCAACAGGGACAGAAGGAUUGGAAAUGAAGAGCCACGCUUGAGGAACAU